CAGCCUGUUGCGUUCGCAGGAGCAACCAGAGCUCCAUCUCCAAGUCCAGCAGCAACAGUUCAAAUUCAGAUUCCCAAUUUCCGAUUCCGAAUCCAGUAACCGUUUCGCGACGCGACGCGCGAAUACAUAAAAUAAAUUAGAAAGAGAUAAAUAAGCCACAAACCAGAGCCGAGGCGAGCUAUCUCGAUCCUCAUAAAUCAAUCCGUCGAGUGUGCGUCUUCAGAUCCAACGAAAUUAGAGGCAAUUACCACUGAUAAGAAUGAUGAAAGCCACAGCGUGGUUUUGCCCGGUGUUAUUAACUUUACUGUGCGCCACAAGGCUCGUCUGCACGGCCCAAAGAGGCGGCGGCGGCGGCGGAGCAGGAGCCGCGGGAUCGGGACUGGGAUCGGGAGCAGAGGUCGUCGGAAGCGGCCGCACAAACGGAUAUCCUCUGGACUACGCCGAUGCACGGAGCACACAGGAUGACUUUCUGCUGGCCAAGAGGAACAAGCCAUCGCUGUCCAUUGUCAAUCCCCUGGAUGUUCUGCGCCAGCGGCUGCUGCUGGAAAUCGCACGGCGGCAAAUGAAGGAGAACUCCCGCCAGGUUGAACUGAACCGCGCCAUCCUGAAGAACGUGGGCAAGCGAGUCCUGCUGCGAGGAGCAGGAUCUGCCAGGGUGAGCAGGCGGUACCGCCAGCAGUGGCCAGUGGAGCGGGAUGGACCCGAGGAACUGCAGCUGGACCGACAACAGCUGCUGCCCUGGAAGCAUUUCCCCAGCCAACUGUGGAGCUACGGAUGGGCCCAGUCCCCGUCGUACUCGCCGUCGUCGUCACAGUUUGCGGAUUCCCUGCAAUCAUCAUCCACUCGACCGCAGUCCCAGGAAAAGGCGCAGGCACAGGGACAGGCACUCCCGGGUCAGAAGGCAGCCUUGCUCAGCUAUGCGAAGAAACCUCUGGACGUGGCCGGAAUGGGUCUAACCAGCCAUCGGGUCAACGGAAAUGAAGCCAACGAAACAAAUCAUGAACAGGGGAAUGGCUAUGGGAAUGGGAAUGGUUAUGGUAUUGAGAAUGAAACUGAAAAUGACGACGGCAAUGGGGCCAGUAAAAACCCGGCGAGGUAUGUGGAUGACGAUGAGGAGAACUACAGUGACGUGGGACCGGAGGGAGUGGGAGUGGGACUGGGCGAGGGUGUGGGACUGGGACUGGGUAUGGGUCUGGGUCUGGAGCGGUUCGAAGUGUUCGCGGACAAGCCCAACUGGGGAAACGAGGAGCUGGUGGCCUCCGGCGGUGCUGGCGCUGGCGGCGGAGUUCGAGGUGCGGCCAAUGCAAAUGACCGAAUGCCCUGGUCCUUCCCCUACCGCUUUCACCAAAGUCAGCAUAAUGUUAAUUAAGUAAGUGGGGAUUGAGAUGCAAGCGAAUAGAUAACGAUAAACAUACUGAUACAGAUACAGAUACUGAUACAGAUACAUGUAAUACCGAUACGGAUACGGAUACGGACAGGGGCACCCAACUUCUUGGUAGUGCUGGACGGUUAUUAAUGCAAAUCGACGGUUCCUAAUGGCUGGCUACAAGGCAGGCAUGUUGUGUGUGCACAUACUCCUUGACGACAAAGACAAACUUACUCCCACGUUGCUAGAUGUAUUCGCAUUCGAACUCUAUAUUUUAUCGAAAAUAACCAACGGUGUAUGUAACGAUUUAUGCUACCUCUCUCGCAGAUACUGUUGAAAAUAAAGCCCUCCCCCAAUUAAUGUCGAACAUACUCUACUAGAACACCUUUUGCUAGUACACCGCGUCCACAGCGAGCAAAACUCCAAGGAUUAUAAACGUAAUGCAUGCGUAAUUGAUAGUGAUCUAUGUGUAAUUUUAAUAGUUACUUUUAAACGAUUAACGUUAAUUAAUCAGUCGCAUGCAAUAUUGACCUGACGAAUGGGAUUUCCAGUGUUUUUAUUAAUGGCAUUUGCCAGCCACCAAGUACUACUAAAAAACUAAUUGUGGUUUACACUCUCCGCGGGCGGAAAUCGGUUUUUGUGUUAGCUCUGCUUCAACUUGUGUAAAAAUGCUCAAAUAGAAUAGACAUAGUGCAGACUAACUAUCCACUAUUUACACCUCUGUUUCCGUUGAAGCUGCAUGUGGUCACUAUUGCGUUUGCGUUGUUGAAGGGUUCGAGUUUUAAGAUACUAAGAGACACAUGGUUCCAAAUCAUACGAAUUACAAUUACGAUUUUAAAGUAGAUCCACAUCAGCCCUGUUGCCCAAGCAAGUACUUCGAUACAUGAACACGCCACGUGUUGUGUGGAUUAACAAGGAAUUUACCAAGCAACUUACUAAAACCCUUAAACGUUACGUUCUGUACAUUAAUACAUUUAAUACGAGUUAAUUUCCCUGUGUGUGUGUAAAUAAAGGUCCUUUUUCAGAAAAGCUAAACUAACGAAAUUCCAAAAAAAUCAAGAAUCAAACGAAUUAUAUAUUAUACAAAUUAUAUGUAUGUACGGAUAUACUUAUUAAAAAAGAGAAAAUAAAAUCAUGAGGCAUUGACAUGACA